AAAAUCCUAUUGGCAUCGAGGAGGCAGGGAGCCAGCCCCUGGGCGCGGCCUGCAGGGGGCAGGCGAUCGCGCGGGGAAGCGGGGGCAGAACGAGGCCGAGGCCGGAGCCGGUGCGGGCUCGGCAGCUGCCCGCAGCCGCAGGGAGUCCCCGCCGCGCCUUCGCCCGGUGCGCCCUUCUCAGCCCGCGGACUCCGCGCGGCGCGCCACCGCUGACAUGUGUGCCACCCGGAUGCCGCCCCUGGCGCACAUCUUCCGAGGGACAUUCGUCCACUCCACAUGGACCUGCCCCAUGGAGGUGCUGCGGGAUCACCUCCUUGGUGUGAGCGACGGCGGCAAAAUAGUGUUUCUGGAAGAAGCAUCCGAACAAGAAAAGCUGGCCAAAGAAUGGUGCUUCAAGCCAUGUGAAAUAAGAGAACUGAGCCACCAUGAGUUCUUCAUGCCUGGGCUGGUCGAUACACACAUCCACGCCCCUCAGUACUCUUUUGCCGGGAGUAAUGUAGACCUCCCGCUUUUGGAGUGGCUGACCAAGUACACAUUUCCUACAGAACACAAAUUCCAGAGCCUCGACUUUGCUGAAGAAGUGUAUACCAGAGUUGUCAGGAGAACACUAAAGAAUGGAACAACCACAGCUUGUUACUUUGGAACAAUUCACACUGACUCAUCGCUGCUCCUUGCGGAAAUUACAGAUAAAUUCGGGCAGCGGGCAUUUGUGGGUAAAGUCUGCAUGGAUUUGAAUGACACUGUUCCAGAAUACAAGGAAACCACGGAGGAAUCAAUCAAGGAAACAGAGAGAUUUGUGUCAGAAAUGCUCCAAAGGAAUUACUCUCGAGCACAGCCCAUAGUGACACCGCGCUUUGCCCUUUCCUGCUCUGAGACUUUGUUGGGUGAACUUGGAAACAUUGCGAAGACCCGUGAUUUGCACAUUCAGAGCCAUAUAAGUGAAAGUCGUGAUGAAGUUAAAGCUGUGAAAAACUUAUACCCUGGUUAUAAAAACUACACAGAUGUGUAUGAUAAAAAUAAUCUUCUGACAAAUAAGACAGUAAUGGCACAUGGCUGCUACCUUUCUGAAGAAGAACUGGAUGUAUUCAGGGAACGAGGAGCAUCCAUCUCUCAUUGUCCCAAUUCUAAUUUAUCGCUCAGCAGUGGCCUUCUCAAUGUGCCAGAGGUCCUGAAACAUGGAGUGAAGAUAGGGCUGGGUACAGGCUACUGUUUUCGCUUUAUCUUAUCCACCACAGAUGUGGCUGGUGGUUAUUCAUCUUCCAUGCUUGAUGCAAUCAGAAGAGCAGUGAUGGUUUCCAACAUCCUUUCAAUUAAUAAGAUAAACGCAAAAAGCCUCACCCUCAAAGAAGUCUUCAGACUAGCUACUCUUGGAGGCUGCCAAGAUCUUAGAAAUGAAGUCUAAUGGAGGCCAGGGAAUCCGGGGAAGAGAAUCUUCCUGGCUCUUCUCUGAAUGUUCUGGGCUACGAUGAAUGCCAUAAAGAACACUUCAAGAAAGAAAACAGAGGUCAUGUGCUUCGCAUUUCCCCAAGUCUUAUGAUUUCAUUUUCUAAAGUUCCAAGUUUUAAAAGUUCUAUUCUCUUUAACAAGUAUGACACUCCCCACCCCCACUGCGUUUUCACAUCUGAGUAAGUAGUUGUCCUACGAUCUAAUUUUCAUGGUGCAAGUGACAUAUGUAAAUAGUGCUGUUUUUAUUCUAGGCUCUCUGUGAGUGGUCUCCUCAGGAUCCUGUAUCUGACCAGGCUGGCAUGCGGUGCUUACCAAAUCAUUUCUACCUGGCUGUCCAGCUUUCAAAUCUAUUUUCUGGGCUGAGGAGUUUACUGUUACGGAAUUUCUUCUCCUUAGUGUGUGUCUCUAUAAGAGUCUGAGUGAAUGAGAUGAAUGCAUCCCUGUUUAAAGUUGGCAUUUUCCCAGCUUUACAUUCACUCUUAAGAUGAAGAUGUGCAUAAAUCACCUUCACAGACUCAACAUGUGCUCCAAAGAUAGUAAAACUGCAUUUCCUAAAAUGCUUUUGAGUUGCUUACCAGUCCAGCUAGGCCUCUCUGCAAUAAUAUGAAUUUAGAUCAAUUUACAGUCCACUGAAAGUAGUUGUGUCUUUUGCUGGUUAGUUCAUGCCUGAACUCUCCAAGCUCUAACAAAUAGUCCAGUUAGUUUAUUUAUAUAUAUGUGUGUGUGUGUGUAUAAAUAUAUCAUCAAAUCCUGGCAAAUGAACCUGCAUAUCUGGCCUAUUAAACACACAACAAUUUUAUGUUGAAUACAGUCAUCAAAAAUUCAUGUUUGUCAAGCUAUUUGUCAAGGGAAAAACAAAGUAGAGUGUAAUCGUUGAAGGAGGAGAAAAUUUCCAGGGAUUUUCUAUUACAUUCAGUUCUUCCCCCAACAAUCAGUAGAGGUCACCUAACUGCUUUUAACAUUCCCAAUUAAGUUUGCACCCCUGUCUUCCUAUAAGAAUUCUUUAGCUAAGAAAUCUUUUUCUUUUCUGAGAAUAAAAGAGUUGCCCUUUAAAUAACCAUUUAAGAACAAGCAGGAUUUCUAAAUCUGUGCUUAAAGCAUUGCCAAAAGACUUCUGGAUAUCCAUAUAUAGAAAUAUAAUGUAGCAGGUAUUGUCUAACAGGAAUAUGGUGUCUAAUAUUUUCACUUAGGACUGUAUUCUGACAAUGACAGAAUACAACAAAUACAGGUAGAAAUUCAAAUAAGUAAUGCUGCAGUCCAGUUGGCCUUUCUUUCAUGCAUGCUUCCACUUGGAACACUCUAUCCAGAUUUCUGGCUUUAAAGAACUUUAAAUUCAAUACCUUCAUUGACCAGGAAAACCAACUACCCUCAUCUUCUGAAGCUAAACCAUAAAAAUGAGAGAUGUUCCUCCUCAACAUGCACUGUUAAUGGAACAGGAAUUCUAGCUGUGAGAUGGAUCAAGUCAAUAGACAUUAUUGACCUAUGCCCUAUUUUAGAGAAACAUUCUUCUCCGGCAACCAGAAAAUCUUUAAGCUUACAGAGAAAUUAGUGUGUUUUCAAAAGCAUUGGGACUCUUGAGUUAUGAAGAUCUAUUUACUUUCAGAAGUGAAUUUUUCCUAUUCAAAGGAUUUAAACCAAGGAAUUUAGGAUGGAUAUGCCUGCAUUAACAAAUAUGCCGGAGGAUAAUUAUUUAUUUGAAGUCCAUUUCACUGCCACAAAAAUAGAUCUUGUCAGCUAUUUCAUAGAACAAAAAGAACAAAAAGGGCAAGAAAAGGAGUUGGAAUGUUAGAGGGAGCAUAAGAGGGAAAAAGAAAGAUAUGUCAAUCGUCAUGUUUUCUUAGAAGGAAAUCACAGACCAGCUGUACUGUGAAGGGCACUGAUAGAGCUGAAACAGAGAGGCACCAUCAGAAUUAUGAUCAUGGUAUUGACGAGAACUCUUUUAUUCUCAGAUUUUGCUUUCUCUGUGCUUACUCUGCUUUCUGUAAGUUGAAGUCUUGCGACCUAUUACAAUGCUUCACUAUUAAGAUACUAAUUUUUUUCUAGUAACACACUGGCAGAUUCUGUCCUUGCAAAUUGGGACAUGUGCAUGGUCUGAUGGCUCAAAAUACUGACUGUUUAUUAAUUUAUUUC